UGUUAAUUGAUUAGGUCUGCUCUGAAAAGACCUACUCACACGCAUAUUCAGAUCCUCUCACUACAUGAGAGGAAGAAAAAAAAAAUUCCAUAUCAUCACACAUAUCGUCAUAAUAGUUCAAUCUAAACACAAUCAGUAUGGUGUACUAAGUAAACCACGAGAGUGAGCAGGUCGUUUUUUAAUACAAAUUUGAACGUUAGCGUACUUUUUUCGGACAUUAUUAUCGUUAAAACAUUGCCAAUCGUCUGAUAAUUGUAAAUGAACUAAAUACAUUUUACGCACCUAUAAUACUUGUUUGUGUCAGUUUUUGCUUCCCAGUUUUCUGUGACCUUAGUACGGUUCUGAUAUUUGACGGGAUGUAAGUGAUGCUAAAUUUGAAAUUUUUUCAUUGCUUAAAUGUGAAUAAUUAACGUUUACAGAAAAUCAGUGUAAAUUUUUACAAUGGAUUUGCUUUAUAAUCCUGAUGCAAUAUAUGUGCAUGGACCACGACAACCACACAAACCAUGUUUCUAUGUGCCACAAAGAUAUUUAUUGACAUUCAUGGGAUUUAUGGGACUUGUGAUGGCGUAUUGCAUGCGAUUAUCGCUAUCAGUGGCAAUUACACAGAUGGUUCCACCACCAAUAGUCAACAUGACCAAUCUAUUGACAAAAGAUGGCCAAAGCGAAAUUAUUUGCCCAUACACCGAUGAAAAUUAUGUACACGAACACUUGGACGAACGAGAAAUUUUCUAUCAAUUAUACUCGGGUGAUAAUGAUGUGUACAAUUGGUCACAAGAGCAGCAGGGAAUUAUUUUAUCAUCAUUUUUUUGGGGCUAUCUAACUACACAAUUAUUAGGUGGCAUCUUAUCACAACGCUAUGGUGGUAAAUAUGUAUUUGCAAUGGGUAUUUUAUUUUCCGCAUUUUGUUCACUGUUAACACCUUUCGUUGUGCGGUCCGCCGAAGCGACCGGUUUGAUUGUACUGCGGUUGUUUGGUGGUCUUGGUGAGGGAGUAAUAUAUGCUGGUUUGACUGAUUUGUUAGCCGCCUGGGUGCCGUUGAAAGAACGCACCACACUCGCUUCAUUGGCCUACGGUGGAUCGACGGUUGGCACAAUCGGAGGCACGUAUCUCGCAGCAAUGUUUAUCCACCAUUUCAAAAGCUGGCAUGAAGUUUUCUACAUUUUUGGUGUACUGACUAUCGUUUGGUGUUUGUUUUUCAUUCUCUUGUGCUACAAUGAUCCCGACUGCCAUCCAUUUAUAACCGACUAUGAAAAAACUUAUUUACUAGAUGAACUGGGUCAGCAACAGCAAAUCUCAUCCGCUGAUAAAAAACGAAAACAAACCAAACGAACGCCAUGGCGACAAAUCCUCACGAAUGUGCCGUUUAUUGCAUUAAUCUUGUGUCAAGUCAGCCAUGAGUGGGCAUUUUGUAUUAUUGUACUUAAUUUACCAAAGUACAUGAACGAUGUACUGCAUUUUUCCAUACAAGAUAAUGGCAUAUAUUCUUCAAUUCCGCAAGUCAUAAAACUGAUAAUGGCAUUGGCUACUGGUGCAAUCAGCGAUUGGAUUAUCGCCGCCGACCACUUGACUAUCACCAGUGGACGAAGGAUAUUCGUUGCAGUCGCGUCAUUUUUUACGGGUAUCUUCACAAUAGCCGCUUCGUAUGCAGAAUGCGAUAAAAUGUAUGUGGUUGCCUAUUUUACUAUCUCGAUUGCAUUCCAAGGUGUGCCAGGCGUUGCAAUUAAUUCACUAGACUUAAGUCCAAAUUACGCUGGAAUUUUAAUGGGCAUCAGUGGCACGGUUACAUCGAUAACGGGCAUUUUAGUACCGUGGAUGGUUGGUGUGUUUGCGCCAAAUUCAUUGCUCAGCGAAUGGAGAUUUGUAUUCUGGAUCACAUUCUGGUUGCAAAUAGUUAAACUGUUUGUCUUUUCGAUAUUUGGUUCGGGUGAAAAGCAAUCAUGGGAUUCAUACGACACCGACAGAGAGGCCCGUUUCAUUUUACCCGGUGAUGAAUCAGACGAUUAUCUUGAUAACGAACAUGACACCAACAGUAGUUUAAGUUCAAGCAAUUGGGAUUUGUUUUUUCAGUAAAAAUUUUCAGUUUGUCAACAUUUA